CAAAAAGGUUUCUUGAAAUUAGCAAAGUUUGUGUCUUUAGAGAUUAAAAAGUGGCAAAAUGUUAUCUUAUCCUGUCAUCGCUGAGCACAAGAAACAAAGAGGUGGGUGUGAAGUAGAGGUGGAGUUUUUGUCUCGUGUCUUUUCUGUAUAUAAGCCGUUGUAGCUCUGUGCUAUUCAGCCCAACAGAAGCUGGCAGUGCAUGCGUCCUUAGCAGAUUCUGGGGCAUAUGACUGGAUCACGCAACACAAAGGAUAUUCACAAGAAUAUCAGCAGCUCCACAUCUGCACCUGUUCCAAUUAGCUCUGCUGCUCCAGUCUUUACUGUAAGUUUAUUUUAACAAAAAGGUCUAGUUUGUAUGAGUGAUGCACUAUGUGCAAAUUUUCAAAUCAAGGAGCUCCAUCCCCUAAUGGCACAUCCUGAGCACAACCCCUCCCAGGAAGACAAAAUGGAGGGCCAAGCGAAGACUGCAGAAGCAUCAUGUUGGCACAGGUCCUGGGCCCGCUUCCUCAAAGGAGUGUCCUACUUCUCAGGAGACAUGGAGGUGUUUGCAAAAUGGAUGGAGAGACAGUUUUUCUUGCUGCAGCUACUUGACUGGGUUCUGCGUGGAGCAGCCCAGGUGAUGUUUGUUAACAAUCCCCUGAGUGGCCUCAUCAUUUUUGCAGGCCUCAUCCUGCAAAAUUAUUGGUGGGCCCUUAAUGGUUUUGUGGGCACACUCUUUGCAACCAUUUCUGCUCUAUUUCUGCAACAAAGCAGGGGUGCAAUAGCUGCAGGACUUUAUGGGUACAACGGCAUCCUGGUGGGUCUCUUGAUGGCUGUGUUCUCCAACGCAGGAGACUGGUACUGGUGGCUUCUGCUGCCUAAUAUCUUCAUGUCAAUGAUGUGCCCGAUUGUGUCCAGUGCCCUGGCAUCUAUUAACAGCCGCUGGGAUCUGCCAGUGUUCACUCUGCCAUUCAACAUCCUGGUGUGUCUCCACAUGGUUGCCACCGGGCACUAUAACCAUCACUUCCCCCAAGUCCUCAUUCAGCCACGCUCAGAGCUCCCCAACAUCACCUGGUCUGAAAUCAACGUGGCAAAGCUGUUCAGGUCAGUACCAGUGGGAAUUGGCCAGGUGUAUGGCUGCGACAACCCGUGGACAGGAGGGAUCUUCAUCAUCUCCCUCUUCAUCUCUUCACCCAUCACCUGUGCCCAUGCUGUGCUGGGAUCUGCAGUGGGCAUGGUGUCAGGUCUGGCUCUAUCGGCUCCUUUUGAGGACAUUUAUUUUGGUCUCUGGGGAUACAACUGUGUGUUAGCCUGCAUUGCUAUUGGAGGAAUGUUCUAUGCUCUCACCUGGCGCGUGCACCUGCUCGCCAUCACAUGUGCUUUGUUCUGUGCAUACCUCGGCUCAGCAAUUGCCAAUGUCAUGUCCAGGUUUGGUCUGCCAGCAUGUACUUGGCCUUUCUGCCUCUCUGCCCUCACCUUCCUCCUCUUAACAACGGGGACCAAGGCGAUAUUCAAGUUGCCGCUGGCCAAAGUCACCUACCCUGAGAAAAACCUGGCCUUCUACUGGAGGAUGAAAAAGCAGGAGAAGGCAGAGAAAGAGAGAGAAGAUCCGCUGAAGGCUGUCAAUGAGCAGGUGAUACUAAAUGAAACAGAGCAACUGAAACUGGAGCUUCAACAAAUGGAAGAGGGGAAACAAGAAGGUGAAAAUGAGAUGACAACUGAAGAGGAUCAGAGGGUUAACAUAGAAGAAACAAACAGACAAAAUACUUUCAGUGAGGUUGUUCGUCUUGACUAUGUCUAAAACUAUGUUCUUGUGAAUGUAGAUGAAGUGAAAAUGUGCAGUGGCACCGAAAUAUGUGAAGAAUGUAAAUAUAUGUAGUGAUAGUAGUAACUAUUUUUUAUUAUAUGGCAUUUUGCACUUGUUUUAAUUUGAGAACUCAUUUUUUAUUCUAAUUGUAAUAAACAAUAAAUGUAA